AUGACGUCGCGGUGCAGGCGAACUGUGCACGAGAGCUCGAGGUCACGCAUGUGAACUCAGUGGCCGUUGAUCAGUAACUCGUUAGAUCGAUCAGUGUGAUUGAGUGAUUGAUUUAUCAUCAUGGUGUUCCUCACGCUCUCCUGCUGGAUCCGGAACCGCGGACCCGACCGGUACUGGAAGGUGCAGGAGCUCCUGAAGAACGCGCGGCACUUCCGCGGCAGGAAGAACCGCUGCUACAGUCUAGCGGUGCGAGCCGUUCGCCGAGCCUUCGUCUACGCUAGCAAAGCCCGGAAAGCCAAGCGCCGCAACAUGAGACAGCUGUGGAUUUCGCGCAUCGCCGGUGCCACCAGAGAACACCAGCUAAAGUAUCCUGCGCUCAUACACAACCUGCUGAAGUGUAGUGUUCAGCUGAACAGGCGUGUGUUGUGUGACCUGUCAAUCACAGAGCCGCGCUCCUUCCAGGCGCUAGCAGAACUCUCGCGCGCGCGGCAGCAGGAGGGCUUCAGAGCCGCGCUGGGGGACGCUAGCGAGCCGCCGGGAGUCUUCUCACGCAUCACACAGCUGCACUGAACCCGUGUGUGUGUGUGUGUGUGUGUGUGUGAUGACCCUGCCGUG